CUGCCCCCAAAAGGAAAACCAGCCUGGUUUCCCCAGCGCAAGCCGGCCACCGCAACCAACCACCCGUCCUCGCCUCGCCGCCCGUCCGUCCGUAAAACCCAGGAGCAGCCAACAAACAGCAACAGGACUCCCUCCGUCCCUCCCUCCCAGCAACCAGCCAGCCACCACCCACCCUCACCCCCACCCCCACCGUGCCACAGCCACAAGAGAAGAGAGAUGCCUCCUCCUCCCCGUUGUCCCCAGCCCCAUGACCGCACUCACCACCGCCAGCACUAGCAGCGAGCCGCGAGAGGGAGAGGGAGAGCCAUGGACCUGGGCGGCGUGCUGAUGGCGGCCGCGGACGCGGGGGUGGGCGGCGGGGACCUGGGCAUGCUCGGAUCUAGGCUGCUCAAGCACGGGAGGGGCAAUGCGGCGGCGGCGGAGGCCGACGAGCACGGCUGGGGCAGCGGCAGGCCGCCCGCCAAGCAGGCCCGGGUCGCGGCCUCGGCCGCGUCCGGGGACAGCGACGCCGUGUCCGAGGCCGUCAAGGCGGCGGCACCCUACCUGCUCGGCACCUGCAGCCCCGGGCACGGCCGGGAGAAGAUGCUCAGCUUCUCCUCCUCGCAGCCGCCCUCCUGCCCCUCCUCCGCCGCCGCCGCCGCCGCUCAGGCCGCGCUGCCGCUCUACUACGGCACGCCCGCUUCUUGCUCAGGGUUGAGCUCGGUGAGCUUGAGCGCCAGCAUCCAGAACGCCAUGGCCAGGGUGAGGGGGCCCUUCACGCCGUCGCAGUGGAUGGAGCUGGAGCACCAGGCCCUGAUCUACAAGUACCUGGCGGCCAACAUCGCCGUGCCUCACAACCUGCUCGUCCCCAUCCGCCGGAGCGUCACCUCGCUCUACCCGUCCGCCUACUUUGGCUCCUCCACAUUGGGGUGGGGGCCUUUCCAGCUGGGCUACUCCGGGAGCGCGGACCUGGAGCCCGGGCGGUGCCGCCGGACGGACGGCAAGAAGUGGCGGUGCUCCAGGGACGCCGUCGCCGACCAGAAGUACUGCGAGCGGCAUAUGAACCGGGGACGCCAUCGUUCAAGAAAGCAUGUGGAAGGCCAGCCUGGCCAUGCCGCGAAAGCGAUGCCUGCGACGGUGGCGGCGGCUGCUGCCCAGCCCGGUGCUCUCGCCACCGGGGGCGGCGGCGGAGCUACCGCCGGCGCCGCCGCCAUCUGCCACGAGCAGCAGCCGUUGAAGAACUACGCCGCGAACACCAUUGAUCCUUGUUCACUGCAAUAUAACAGGGAAAUGGUGAGCAAGCAGCAGCAACACGAGUGCGAGCAAGUGCAGGACUCCGACACCCUCUCGAUGCUGACCUCCAUGAGCGCGAGGAACACCAACACGGGCAGCAUGUUCCCGUUCUCAAAGGAGCAUCACAAUCACAAUCCUUUCGAGGUGACGAGCUCAAGGCCGGACUACGGGCUGGUUUCAUCCGACUCGCUGAUGAGCUCCCCUCACAGCUCCCUGGAGAACGUCAACCUGCUCACCUCGCACUCGCAGCGAGCGCUCUCCAACGAGCAGCAGAGCUCGCUCUCCCUGCAGCACUUCGCGGACUGGCCGAGGACGCCCUCGCAGCAGGGGCAGGGAGGAGGAGGUCUCUCAUGGCCGGACGCCGAGGACAUGCAAGCACAUCAGAGGACCCAGCUCUCGGUGUCCGCCGCUCCAAUGGCGUCCCCCGACCUGUCGUCGGCCUCCACGUCCCCGAUCCACGAGAAGCUCAUGCUGUCGCCCCUCAAGCUGAGCCGCGAGUACAGCCCCAUCGGCCUCAGCAUCGCGGCGACGGCGGCGGCGGCGAAGGACGAGGGGGAGGCGAACUGGAUGCCCAUGUUCCGCGACUCGUCCAUGGGCGGGCCGCUGGGGGAGGCCCUGAACAAGAACAAUGGCGGCAACAUGGAGGCCAAGAACUACCUGUCGGCGUCGCUGAACCUCAUGACGGACGCCUGGGACUCGAGCCCGCUGGAGUCGUCCCCGGUGGGGGUCCUGCAGAGGACCGCCUUCGGGUCGGUGUCGAGCAGCACCGGCAGCAGCCCCAGGCAGGAGUACCACGGCGUGUAUGAUGGUAACCCGCGGGAUGAUCUCGGCUCCAUCGUCGUGAAUCACCCCAGCAUCCGCCUCACGUGAGCUGCUUCUUCCGAGUUCUGACCAUGGCAGCUGCAACGAGAAGGCCCAGGCCGGUUGUCACUCCUGUGGCAACGAACGAACGAACUUGGGCAAGUCUUCUUCUUCACGGACCUUGUUACAUAUCGACAUCAUCGUAUCCAGAAGCAUUUUACGUUGUAGUUUGCCAUUUGAGACUAAUCUGUUGUUGUCUUCUCUGCUUCGGGAUGUUGAGUUCUUUUUGUUACCUUUUUCUCUGUAACCUUUAGACUUCGCUGGGUAUUGACGUUUUGUGUGUGUGUGUGUGUGUGGAUGGAUUUGGUAGUGCUACGUUGUUGCAUAAUGUGAUAAUGUCCAAUUAAUGUUGCGAUGA